AUGAUAGGAGAGAAGCUGUUAUUGCCCAUCAUAAUAAUGUCUGUGCUGAGUUUUUCAUAUGGACAGCACAUGACAGAGGAGUCCUGCACUGUUCAGAUCCUUGUCCCUGGCCUCAAAGGAGAACCAGGGGAAAAAGGUCAAAAAGGAGCCCCGGGGAGACCAGGAAGAGUUGGCCCUCCCGGAGAGAUUGGUCAAACUGGAAUUAAAGGUCAGAAAGGCAUAAUGGGACGAUAUGGAAAAGUGGGCCCAAGUGGAAUGAAAGGGGUAAAGGGAGACAUGGGGGAUCCAGGUCCAAAGGGCCUCAAUGGAGAACCAGGUGUUCCGUGUGAAUGCACUCCAAUGAGAAAAAUGAUUGGAGAAAUGGAUAUUUUUGUGGCACAGCUCUCCUCUGAACUGAAAUUCAUCAAAAAUGCUGUUGCUGGCAUAAAAGAGACAGACAGUAAGGUCUAUCUGUUGGUGAAGGAGGAGAAACGCUACUCCGACGCGGAGGUCUAUUGUCAGACGAGGGGAGGGCACCUGGCCAUGCCCAAAGAUGAGGGCUCCAACGCGGCCAUCGCAGGUUACAUAACCGAAGCAGGCCUGAACAGAGUCUACAUUGGCAUUAACGACCUGCACCGCGAGGGUGUUUUCACCUACGUGGAUCUCUCUGUCAUGACCACUUUCAGCAGAUGGAGAAAGGGAGAGCCCAACAAUGCCUAUGAGGAGGAGGACUGUGCUGAGAUGGUGGCCUCUGGGGAGUGGACUGAUGUGGCAUGCCACCCGACCAUGUAUUUUGUUUGUGAAUUUGACAAGGAGAGUGCCUGA